GCUGACUUGGCAGCUGUGAAGUUGGAGGUGGGGAACUCAGUACCUGCUAAGCUAGUUUCUACUUCAAGUGCCUGCGUGUCUGAGGCUGUUUGAAGCCUCCAGCGUGGUUAGAGUUAAUUCCCAUUAGGUUGGACUCCGCCCCUCUCUCCCAAAGGUAAAGCAAGGUUUUCAGGCAUCACUGCAAAGAGCAGCUGGGAUUCCCAUCCCUGUCUGACAAGCUGUGAAGAGAAGUUGUUGCUCAGAUCUGAACCCGAAGAGAGGGAACAAGUCAGUCAGUCUUCAUGGUCAGAAGAGAAACCUGAGACCAUGAGGAGCAGCUUGACCUUGGUUGGGACCCUCUGGGCUUUCCUGUCCCUUGUUACUGCUCUGGCCAGUUCUACUAGUUACUUCCUGCCUUACUGGCUCUUUGGAUCCCAGUUGGGGAAGCCAGUGUCAUUCAGCACAUUCCGAAGAUGCAACUACCCUGUACGGGGAGAGGGGCACAGUCUGAUUAUGGUUGAAGAAUGUGGGCGCUAUGCCAGUUUCAGUGCCAUACCAAGUCUGGCCUGGCAGAUGUGCACAGUGGUAACAGGUGCUGGCUGUGCUCUGCUGCUCCUGGUGGCACUGGCUGCUGUCUUGGGCUGCUGCAUGGAGGAACUCAUCUCCAGAAUGAUGGGACGUUGCAUGGGAGCAGCACAGUUUGUAGGAGGACUCCUGAUAAGCUCAGGCUGUGCAUUAUAUCCUUUAGGAUGGAAUAGCCCGGAGAUAAUGCAAACAUGUGGGAAUGUCUCCAAUCAAUUUCAGUUAGGUACCUGUCGCCUUGGCUGGGCCUAUUACUGUGCUGGAGGUGGAGCAGCUGCAGCCAUGUUGAUUUGCACCUGGCUCUCUUGCUUUGCUGGAAGAAACCCCAAGCCAGUCAUGUUGGUGGAAAGCAUCAUGAGGAACACCAAUUCUUAUGCUAUGGAGCUUGACCAUUGCCUAAAACCUUGAGCUUUGAAAGAAGACUGGUUGGAGAGGGUGGCAAAGGGAAGGGAAGGGAACUCUGAAAAGAAGUACUAAGACUAAGCCAGUUGGCACCCAUCUGCCAGUAAUAUAGGCUAGUGUUUGCAUGUUUUUUUUUAACCCACCUGACAUUCAUUUUCUUUUUUUUCCAUAAGCCAGUUGGCCUGUAGCUAUUUAAAAAACUCAUCUACAGCAAUGAUUUUCUCAAAUAUUAAUCCAACUAAGGUAUUUUACAGACCUCCAAGUCCCAAAGUUUUCCUUUAAGCAAAAUAAGGA